UGAGGCGGCCAGCGAAUAGAUGUAUCGAGCUACCCUGCACGUCACGGAGUCGAGGGACCGCCAACACACCAGGUCACUCCUCUUCUACUGGUCUGUGACUUUACCCCAACGUCGAGAAACAAUUCCAUGUGGCAGUUAAAUUGGACGCCGGUGCCGUCGACUGUAUGGUAUACCUAUUCCCCAGACUUGGCUCGCCAAUUUGCGCCUCCUUCAGUUAUCCACUUAAACCCCGGUUGCGCCGACGUCCUGAAAAAGGAAUGGGUCUUCAAAGGCCUCGUGAUGUCAGAUUGGGCUGGCACGUACUCCUGCAGCGAGCUCGUUAAUAGAGGCAUGGAUUUGGAGAUGGUGAAGACUUCAGGAUCUCUUGAUUUCAUUCUUUCCCUGACAUAUGAUUCAGACUGGUCCAAUCAAACAUGGCGGUAAGAAGCUUUUAGACGCAGCAUCGAGAGGCGAGGUAACAACAGAGCCCAUUGAUGUAGAGGCCUAUAGAGUACUGGAGCUCAUCAAACGAGCUGACAAAUGGACCAACCCAAUUGAGAUGCCUGAAUUCGAGGCAGCCAGCAAAUCAUCGGGCAUC